UUGCUGUGUGUGGAGCUCUUGCUGGGAUGAACUGUGAUUACAUGAAGUCUUAUCUACUGUACCAAACUGAACUAACUUUAAAUAUGGCCUUUAAAGUGCUGGUCUCCAAUAUCUCACACUUUAAUUGAUUUUCCAUUCUGUUCUGAAUGGUGACAUAUCGAGAGCUUUCUGAAAGUAGUUGUGUGGUGGCUCGAACCUGCACAAGUGACUUGUUGGUUAUGGCUGUAAUUUGGAUGUUUCUUGUGGUUCCUCCUGCUGCAUGUUAGUACACUAACCAAAAUUAAGUAAAUAUCUUAACUUGCUCUUUUUUUGUGUGUGGCCUUCAGCUUUUAAUGUCAGUCCUUCGAUCAUUUGCUUUAACAAUCAGAGCAUCUCUAGCUGUGUUUUGUUUGGGAUUCUUUUCCCCCCUUUAUAAACUACAGUAUUAACCACUCAAAUGAGUACUCAUUAUUCUGGUUGUUAUUGUAAGCUGUGAAUCAUUUUACAGCUGAAUUGAAUGAACACCGUCAGGGACGUAUAAAGUGUAUUACAUGGUGAUCAGUAGCUGUGUAGUUGCUUCGUUCGGCUUGUUAGCUGUGUGUGAGUACGAGUGCUGACUAUAACACACGCUCCACAUCUGUGUGGCCGUGUGCGAGCGGAAACCUGAGCAUGCAGGUUAAAUAUACCAAUUCUCUUCAACAUAGAGCUGCAGAAAGCAUGGGCUCAGCUUAUUAAUUACAGCACAUGGCCUGGCUUUUGCCCUGGGGUACCAGGGAAGGAGGGGAGAGGAGCAGGAUGAAAUGAAAUUCUGUGUUGGAAAGGAAUUGAGUGUUGGAGAGACUUGUGUAUUUGUGAUUAGUGCGAAAGUGCUGUCAUGUCUAGCCUUGCCCUCUCCUCCUCUGUCCCUAUACUGUGGUUUUCUGACCGCAUUCACACUCUCAGACAAUCCACUUGCCUCCCACUCAUUGUGCUGUUCAAAAGCAGAAUGUGAUAGUAGUCUGUCCUUCUAUUUUUCUUUACCUACAUGCGCACACAUAUCAGAGAUACCUGCAAAGAGAAUGACUCCAAUCGGCAUAAAGCUCUGUCAGCAGCUCUAUAAAUAGGCUUUAUGGUUGUGUUGAUCUCUGUAUUAUAAGUCAAAGUAAACCGGUGCAUUUUUUCUUAUUUGAAACAUAUACAUGUUCUCUGUGCACGUGUGUGUUUGUUUGUGCCUAGUAAUGAAAUUGGCAUGUUAUGUUCAUUUGUGGUUUGCUGAACGUUGGUAAAGUAUAAGCCUCCAGGAUUUGUGAUCAAAGCAGUGAUGCUUUUCACCUGAGAGCAUUCACACUCAAUGGGAUUUAUUACUAAAUUUGGAGAAAGUUGUGGCUGGGUAAAUUAUUUUACAUUCCGCAUUACACUCAGAGUUGGCUUGUGUGCUAGUCUGUUGUUUAAUGCUGACACAAAUGAUUUGAAAUACAGUUUUGUAUAUUUAGCUGUACCAGGAUUGUACAAAACUUCAGGAUUGUUUUUCUUUGCCCAUGUUGGUUCAGAGGUUAGAAAUAUAGAGAUAGUUCAAAUCUCAGAAAGGCUUUUAUUAUUAUUCUAUCCUGCCUUACAUUAAACAAGUAGAAUACUAAAGAAUUGUUUUGAAUUUAAUCAUACACUAUCUAAUUGUCUGUCUGUCUGUCUGUCUGUCUGUCUGUCUGUCUGUCUACUACUAUUUAUAAGAAUAAUAAUAUAUAAUAUCAGAAUCAUUUUUGUACCACUACAAGUGCUCUAGUGUUUUUAUGUAUUAAUGUAUUUAUUUUAAAGAAAAUGAAUGAAUUAGGUAUUGUGGUUUCUUUUACAGACGUCUAUAAAUCUUGGUAAUCUUGGUGAAAGAUGCUACUCAAGUGUAUUUAAGAUGCAGAAUCUGUAACAAAUGGAAAAAAAGAAUUUUGUUAAUGUACAGUAUGAACAAACACAACAUAACCCAUUUAUAGUUUUUUUUCUUCAUCUGAUUGAUGAACAGGUCAUGUGGAACUCCUGCCCUGUGUAUUAAAUGUUGCUGACAGCACAUUGUCAACUACAGAAACAGGACAUUAAUCACAACUGCAUUGUAGGUGAUGUAGUUUCCUACCUAUAUAUACAGUAGACAGACAGAAGGCAGGUACAAUUACGAAUACCUGAAUAUUUUCUGAAGGUUAAAGGGACAACGAUUGGGGAUAAAAAGUGGCGAGAGAGAGAGAGAGAGAGAGAGAGAGAGAGAGAGAGAGAGAGAGAGAGAGAGGAACGGCGAGCAGGAUGAGCGACUGUACUGAAGCCUCUGAGGCUGUAAUGAAUUUAGAUCAAAUUCUGCUGUAUGGAGAGUACAGGGAGCAGUUGGGUAGUAUUGCCCAGAAGGAGGCUACACGGCUGCUAACCGAGAAACAAUUAAAAAAACAUGCCGGCCAUGCUAGGGCAAUCAGGAGAGGGUACGGCCGAGCGCAUCGUGUCUCCUUAGAAACAGGACCCAUGACCCCAGGAUUAAGCCACUCCUCCUCGAUAAAAAAACCCCAACCUUACUCAAAAUGCCAAGACUGCCUGCAGCGGGUCCAGAGGUAUAUGAUAACAAAGCUUGGGGAGGACUGGAUUUUCCUGGUGCUGCUGGGUUUCACCAUGGCUCUAGUCAGCUGGAGUAUGGACUAUGCCAGUGCUAAGAGCCUGCAAGCUUACAAAUGGAUGUAUGCAGAGCUGAAAGGGAAUGUGCCACUUCAGUAUCUGGCCUGGAUCACAUAUCCCAUAAUUCUCAUUGUGUUCUCCUCUGUCUUCUGCCACUUGGUCUCCCCACAAGCUAUAGGCUCUGGUAUACCAGAGAUGAAGACCAUUCUACGUGGAGUGGUGCUGAAGGAGUAUUUGACUCUAAAAGCCUUUGUGGCUAAAGUCAUUGGCCUGACUGCAAGCCUGGGCAGUGGCAUGCCUUUGGGAAAAGAGGGCCCAUUUGUUCACAUUGCAAGUAUCUGUGCUGCUGUGCUGAGUAGAAUAAUGUCCUUCUUCACAGGAGUGUAUGAGAACCCCUAUGGUUACUCUGAUAUUCUGACCGUGGGGUGUGCUGUAGGGGUCGGCUGCUGUUUCGGCACUCCUCUUGGAGGUGUGUUGUUCAGUAUUGAGGUCACAUCCACUUAUUUUGCUGUGAGGAAUUAUUGGAGAGGAUACUUCGCUGCUACGUUCAGUGCAUUUAUAUUCAGAGUGCUGUCUGUGUGGAACAAAGACUCUGUCACAAUUACAGCUCUGUUCCGCACAAAUUUCCGGAUGGACUUUCCAUUUGACCUGCAGGAGCUCCCAGCGUUUGCUGUCAUUGGGAUCUCAUGUGGAUUUCUGGGAGCUUUCUUUGUUUAUCUAAACAGACAAGUUGUUUUGUUCAUGAGAAGACAAACAGCACUCACUCAAUUCCUUACAAAAUAUCGGUUGAUUUACCCCGGUGUGGUGACUCUCGUCAUUGCCACCUUUACAUUUCCACCAGGCUUCGGACAGUUUAUGGCUGGUGAGCUGAUGCCGAGAGAGUGUAUCAACUCUCUUUUUGAUAAUUUCACCUGGACAAAAGUCUGGGACCCCUCCUUGGAACCUGGGUUGGGCCGCUCCACCGCCUGGUUCCAUUCAGAAGUCAGCAUAUUCAUCAUCCUCAUUCUCUUUUUCAUCAUGAAGUUUUGGAUGUCUGCAGUAUCAACAACGAUGCCUAUCCCCUCAGGCGCCUUCAUGCCUGUCUUUAUACUUGGAGCUUCGUUUGGCCGCUUGGUGGGAGAGAUCAUGGCCACGCUUUUUCCGAACGGCAUUCUCUUUGAUGGAAUUGUUUACCGAAUCCUACCUGGAGGCUAUGCUGUCAUUGGUGCCGCAGCAAUGACCGGAGCAGUCACACACACAGUUUCGACAGCAGUGAUCUGUUUUGAGCUGACUGGGCAGAUCUCUCACAUUCUACCCAUGAUGGUGGCAGUGAUCCUGGCUAACAUGGUGGCACAGGGCCUGCAGCCUUCACUCUAUGAUUCUAUAAUCCAGGUCAAAAAGCUCCCAUAUCUGCCUGAGCUUGGUUUUGGACACAUCAGUAAGUAUAAUAUCUGUGUGGAGGACAUCAUGGUGAAGAAGGUGAAGUUUUUGUCUCCUCAAACCACCUAUCGUGAACUUCUUCACCUAUUGCAGACCACUACCCUCAAAACCAUCCCAGUGGUUGAUUCUAAUGAGGCAAUGAUUUUGUUGGGCUCUAUUGAGAGGUGUGAGCUUCAAGCAGCCUAUGACUGGUGGAUGUCUGCAGAGAGACGGAUCACAAACCAAGGUCAGGCAAUGUCCAGUCCAGGGUCAGUGGUCAGCUGGGAGUCUUUCAAUUUGGUAGAUGAAGAAGGAGGAGAGGAGAGCAAGGAAAAGGAAAACACAGUCUCUGAGGAGCACAACGGCCCACUGGACACCGUGGGGGAUCCCACCAAUCAUGCAGCAUCUGGUGUACUAGGGUUCAUGAGGAGCGCACUUCAUCGCCUCUUGUCAAGCUCAUCCUCGUCACAGCCGGCUGAGUCACAGGAUGCAUUACCAGCUCCUGUAACAGACAGCAUGACUCCAGAUGAGAUCAAAGCUUGGGAGGAUGCUGAGCUGGAUAAGCCGAUUGAUAUUGAUCAGAUUCGCAUCGAUCCGUCCCCGUUUCAGUUGGUGGAAAGAACAUCGCUCCAUAAGACACACACUCUUUUCUCUCUGCUGGGUCUCAGUCAUGCUUAUGUCACCAGCAUAGGUAAAUUAGUUGGGGUCGUAGCACUUAAAGAGCUUCAGAAGGCCAUAGAAGGUUCAACCUGCAGUGGCGUGCGUCUGCGCCCCCCUCUGGCCAGUUUCAGAGAUGCCAGCCGUAAGGCCAAGGAGCACCCCCACCCGAAUUCUGCCCCGUCUUCUCCCACUCAAGACAAAGAGGUAUGGAGCGAGGGAGAAAAGAAAGAAACAAAAGAUGAAGCAGAACCCAAAUUAGCCGAGUCCAGAGACACAGAGUGCAAGGUUAGCAUAGACAGCAACAGCAGAAGUUCUGAUAAUUCAGCUCAGGGGCAGCCAUCCUCCACGUCCUCUCCCUCUUCUCCUUCCAUCCCUCUCACAUCUCUCCAUCCUUUGCCUAAACAGGAGACAAAAGGAGAGAAAGAUAGUGAUGAUGAACUGGUUUAAGGACUGUCUUUUUUUCCUUCCACAAACUUAACUCUCUGUAGAGGUCUCUGUUGAGACUCCGGUGAGCUUUAGCUGCAGACGGGCUAGAAUUAUAUAAUAUGUGAUGUGAAGUUUUUUUUUUACAUUUUUGUACAUCUGAUACAGAUUCCCUUUUUCUCAUACUAAGUCUCUCCCCACCUGUCUCAGGACAUUGUGUACCUGCCAUCCAUCAGUCUGUCUCACUGUCUGCGUGUCCUCUUGUCUGUUAUUCAGAAGCAGGUGCUUGAACAUUAGAUCUAAUCAGCAUGUUUAAUUCUUCCAUUAGUUGAUGAUUCAUUAAAUUGUCUUCCAAAUAAUUUAAGCUAUAGAUUUUUGCUUCCCUUAUUACACUGCUUGAUUAUGAUUCAGUUAAAUUGUUAUUAAAUUAAUAUUAUGGAAUUAUUCCCAGUGUCAUCAAAUGUGAUUAAGAUGUUUUUUUUU